AUGGUCAUCAAUCACACAGGCAGCGAAAACUAUUCCCUCCCGGUGCCACUUCAGGAGGAGCCAGCUGUCGCCAAACCCCAAUACCGGCAAGAUCCAAUCGCCGUGGUUGGGCUAGCAAAUCGUUUGCCGGGCCAUAGCACAAAUCCAAGCAAGCUAUGGGAGUUUCUCGAGCGUGGAGGUGUUGCCACAAAUGACCCUCCCGCUUCACGAUGGAGUCUCGAAGGCCAUUAUGACAAGUCGGGAAAGCCCCAUACCGUUCGAACACCAGGCGCCAUGUUCAUCGAAGACGUUGAUCCGGCCGAUUUUGACCCCGGCUUCUUCAACAUAUCGACUGCUGAUGCCAUCGCUAUUGACCCACAGCAGCGACAACUACUUGAAGUAGUCUAUGAGGCGAUGGAGAAUGCCGGCUUGUCAUUGGAGUCUCUCAACGGAGCCCCCUAUGGCUGCUUUGUGGGAUCGUAUGCAGUCGAUUAUCAAGAUAUGCAAAUGCGCGAUCCCGAGGACCGAGUCGAUGGGAUGACGAUUGGAGUAGGCCGCGCCAUUUUGAGUAACCGCAUCAGCCACUUCCUGAACCUCAGGGGGGCUAGUAUGACUAUUGAUACCGCAUGCUCAGGGAGUCUAGUCAGCGUUGAUGUUGCCUGCCGAUAUAUUCAAACCGGCCAGGUUGAAGGCGCGGUGGUGGCCGGAGCAAACCUCUACCUCAGCCCCGACCAAAAUCAAGACAUGGGAGCCAUGCGUGCCGCCUCAUCAGCUAGCGGCCGCUGUCAUACUUUCGACGCAAAAGCAGAUGGCUAUUGUAAAGGCGAGGCAAUCAACGCCGUUAUUCUUAAAAGACUCGAUGCAGCACUGCGGGACGGUGAUCCUAUCCGCGCAAUCAUCCGCGGAACUGCAACAAAUAGCGAUGGAUGGACGCCAGGUAUUGCCAGUCCAAAUGGGGAGGCUCAAGUUGCCGCUAUGCGUGCCGCAUUUGCUGCCGCCAGCAUCACUGAUAUGAAUGAGGUGGGAUAUUUGGAAGCGCACGGAACAGGUACCUUAGCAGGUGACCCAAUUGAGGUCGCGGCUGCCGCUGCAGUCUUCGCUCCCACCCGGCCAGCGAACCAACCUCUGAUAAUUGGAUCAAUCAAGAGUAACAUUGGACAUUCUGAACCUGCCGCUGGCGUAUCCGGAUUCAUCAAAGCUGUGCUGGCGGUGGAAAAGGGUAUCAUCCCCGGAAAUCCCACAUUCAUCGACCCAAACCCAAAGAUUGAUUUUGAGGGUCUCAAAGUCAAGGCCUCCCGGGUGGCUUUGCCCUGGCCCAAGGCUUUCGCCUCUCGGAUUGCUUCCGUGAAUUCUUUCGGCUAUGGUGGCUCCAAUGCCCAUGUUGUGAUUCAAGAUGCGGCUUCCUUCUUGGGUCAAAAGCAGAUUCCCCACGUCUCCUCCUUUACGAAAGUUGAGUCCUUCUUUGACGACGAGGACGUGGAUUUGCCAAACGCACGACCCCAGUUGCUCACCUUUUCUGCGAAUGAUGAUGUUUCAUUGAAGAAAUACGUUGCGGACCUUCAGCGCCAUCUCCUCGAUCCUCGAGUCAAGGUGCAGCUAUCAGACCUGGCUCAUACCUUGGCCCAGCGAAGUAGUCUCUUCACUCGUGGCUUCCUGCUCACCGACAAGUCCCAAAUAGACGAUGCAUCUCUUGUAACCGGCAAAAAGAGCCCCGAGAAGCCUCGUGUUGGCUUUGUGUUCACAGGCCAGGGUGCCCAGUGGUCUCAAAUGGGUAAAGGUGUGGUGGAGCUAUUCCCACAAGCUAAGCAGGUUCUCCAAGGCUUGGACUCGGCACUACAGAGUUUGCCCCAGGCACCGACCUGGUCAUUGCUAGAAGAGCUGGUGGAACCUAGAAGCCCAGAGCAUCUGCGUCAGCCUGAAUUCUCUCAGCCACUAGUGACGGCAUUGCAGCUGGUCUUAAUUGAUCUUCUUAAAUCCUGGGGAAUCCAACCCGAAAGUGUGGUCGGCCAUUCCUCUGGAGAGAUUGCCGCAGCCUACGCCGCAGGUCUCUUGACUCCGGAAGAUGCGAUAAAGAUUGCCUUCUUCCGUGGCCAGGCCGCCAAAGAAUUGGCUGGAACGCAAACUGCCGAAAAGGGCGUUGGAAUGAUGGCUGUAGGCCUAGGCGCAGAAGAAGCCGUCAAAUACAUCGGCCCUAACUCAGAUACAGUGCAAAUCGCCUGCUUCAAUAGCGGCUCCAGCGUGACGCUCUCUGGAAAGGUUGAACAUCUGAAUGAGAUCAAGGACCGGCUCGAACAAGAUAGCCAUUUUGCCCGUUUGCUACAGGUCAAUUUGGCCUAUCACUCCAAGUACAUGGCUGAGAUUGGUGAUCGUUACAUCUCUUUGCUACAGGCUCAUUGCGGGAAGCCUCUCUCAGGUUCACCCGCCGUGAAAAUGUUCUCCUCCGUCCUUGGCUCGCCGAUGCUGGGAGAGGCUGAUCCAGAGUACUGGAAGACCAACAUGGUCUCUCCGGUGCGUUUCAAUGAAGCGUGUAGCUCUAUGCUGUCGACCGGGUCAGCGGACUUCUUGAUUGAACUGGGUCCUAGCGGUGCUUUAGCGGGCCCGAUUUCCCAGAUCAAAAAGUCACUCUCAGGCGACGCCCAAAAUGCCACCUACAUAGCCGCCGCAAAGCGUGGCCCGACCUCAGCUUUGUCUUUGUUUGACGUCGCUGGCCGAUUCUUUAUCGCCGGCGGCCCGUUGGACCUCGGCGCAGUCAACAAAAACCCAUCGGACGCUCAGCGUCCGUCCCUGAUUGUUGAUUUGCCAAACUACGCGUGGAACCACCAGACUAAAUAUUGGUAUGAGUCUGAAGCCUCCAAGGAAUGGAGAUAUCGCCCAUUCCCUCACCACGAUUUGCUGGGGAGUAAGAUUCUCAACUCCCCGUGGAGUGCACCCACCUUCCGCAAGACACUCGACCUCGGUGACCUUCCAUGGCUUCUGGACCACAAGAUGGGCACCGAUAUCGUCUUCCCUGCUUCGGGUUUCUGUGCGAUGGCGAUUGAGGCAAUCUAUCAAUGCACUCAGAUGACCCAGCCUGUGGAGGGGGUUACUCAGGCAGACCAAUUACGCUACCGACUCCGAAAUGUUAGGUUCGACAAAGCGCUUGUCCUCGAGGAGGGUGUGCCAGCAAAAAUUACUCUCACGCUCUCUCCUCAUCCUGGAACCAAGGAUUCCUGGUAUGACUUCCGGGUUGCUUCUUCUAAGGAUGGAAAUCGCAUUGAACACAGUAACGGCCUCAUUCGCACUGAAUCACACCCAACCGAGAUAGGGUCCCCUUCAGAUAUCCAACCCCUCCAGCAUCCUACCAAAGCAUCAAUUUGGUAUAAGGCGCAAGAAGAUGCAGGAUACGGUUUCGGCUCAAGUUUCCAAACUCACCAAGAGAUUGAGUCGGUAGUCGGUCAGCGUCAGAGUCGUUCCCAUGUGUCGCUUGAGUACCCACCGUCCAAAUGGAGCCCCCAAUCCUUGUAUCCAUUGCACCCAGCUAGUAUUGAUGGUUGCUUCCAGACAGUUACACCUGCACUGGUUGCAGGCAAGCGCACUGCGCUGGAUGCUGUGCUGGUUCCUGCCAUCAUUGACGACCUUAUCAUUAAUCCCAAUGAGCGCGCUCCAAAAGUUGGUUUGGCCAAUGCGACUUCAGAAUACACGGGCAAAGGUCGUCGCGAAGAGAACAAGAACUACUUCGCUUCUUCCUCUGUCUACGACCCAGAGACGGGUGCUUUGGUGCUGAAACUAACUGGCUUACAUUUCCACCGACUUGAGGCCAACAAGACUGUGCCUGCUCAAACCUACAUUCGGUCAGCCUGGAAGCCCGAUAUAACAUUCCUCACCUCCGCACAGUUACAAGAAGUCCACUUGGAACAGGCUGCAACGCGCAUUGAGUCCAUCAUCGAGCUAGCAUCGCAUAAGAAACCCACACUGACCGUGCUUGAGGCAAACCUAGCCCGAGAUGACGUUUCAAGCUGGUGGCUUCAGAGCCCCAAUCUCUCGGAGCGGGCAGCUUAUCGCCAAUAUCUCUUCUCUUCAUCCGACCCCAACUCCCUGGUUGCGGUGCAAGAGCAGUAUCAAUCUGCCAAAUCCGCGUCAUUUGACCUUCUCGAUCUCACACGAAAUGAUCUUCCCCUAAAGGACGACCGUUUCGAUUUAGUCAUCGUAAAACAUGAUGUAAUUCACCCCGAAGUCCUGGCCACGAUAUCACGCAAUGUGAAGGCAUUGCUUGCACCAGCAGGACAUGCUUUGAUCACAGAGACCUUCCCUGUACAGGGAAACCAAGACCGUGAUGGUACUAUCAACGGACACACACCAAUCGAGCAAAUCCCUACUAUCUUGCGCGAGGCGGGCUUCCAGACUGUUGUCCCCAUCCCCAGUGGAUCUGUUCAAUGGGCUUAUCUCUGUCAGAACUCUGAAGCUUCAACUGAGACCACCAGCCGAACAGUCCACCUGAUUCGACUAGCCGCCGAGGUCCAAAAUGGAGAGGUCUCUGGCCCCAUUACAGACGCUCUUACCGGUCGAGGCUGGAAGGUCGUGGAACAUGGAUCUUCGCUUCAUGAUCUACCCGUCGGAGCCACAACAAUUGUUCUUGAUGAAUUAGUCUCACCCGUAUUGACAACCGUUCAGUCCGAGCAGUGGGAUGUCAUUAAGGAGCUUGUUCUCAGCAAGCGGACUCCACUUUUGUGGGUUACCAAAGGCUCUCAGUUCAAAGUCACUCAUCCUGACAAUGCCUUGGUCCACGGUUUGUUCCGCACAAUUCGCGCAGAGGAUCCAAGUGUGCGCUUAACUACCCUUGACGUUGAAACUUCCGACAGCUCCGCCGCGUUUGCAGCCAUUCAUCAUGUUCUUGACCGAGUGUGCUCAUCAGAAGUAGAAUCUCCCCUGGACAGCGAAUAUGCAGAGCAUGAUGGCAUUCUAUAUGUCAGUCGACUUUUCGCGGAUGAUCAGGUGAAUGCAGUUCAGGUUGCCAAGGGUAGUGGCGCUGAAUUGCAGGUGAAGUCUCUUCAUGACCUACCCACGACUACCAGGCUGCGUGCUGAGCGUCUAGGUACGUUGGACGCGCUUCACUAUGGUCAAGUCUUUUCGACAGAGCGACCUGUGCGCGAUGGCUGCGUUGAAGUCGAGAUUUACGCUGCAGGCCUGAACUUCAAGGACGUGGCCGUCACCAUGGGUAUCGUGCCUGAAAAUGAGCACUUGCUCGGAUUGGAGGGUGCCGGUAUUGUCCGCCGUGUGGGCAAGAAUGUCCAAUUCAAGGUGGGCGACCGAGUCGUGGUCUUCGAGAAAGGCUGCUUUGCCAACCGUAUUGAGGUCACCAAAGAGCGUACCCAUCUGCUUCCUGAUUCUUUGUCGUUUGAGGACGCAGCUAGUUUGACGGGUGUCUAUCUGACAUCUCUCUACUGUCUAUAUCACCUCGCCCACCUCCAGAAGGGACAGAGCGUUUUGAUCCACUCUGCAGCCGGUGGUAUUGGUAUUUCGAGCAUUGAGCUAGCCCAGUAUAAGGGGGCAGAAAUCUAUGUCACUGUCGGCACAGAGGACAAGCGCAACUUCCUUCAUGAAAAGUUUGGCAUCCCAUACGAACGCAUGUUCUCCUCGCGGACCACCCAGUUUUCGCGCGAGAUCCUAGAAGCUACUAACGGCCAGGGAAUCGAUGUUAUUCUUAAUUCGCUGACUGGCGAUCUACUGGAUGAGUCCUGGCGCAUUUGUGCUGACGGCGGCAUUAUGGUUGAAAUCGGCAAGAAAGACGUUCUUGACCGAAACAAGCUAUCAAUGGAGCCAUUCGACCGAAAUUGUUCUUUCCGCGCCCUCGACUUCUCACAUAAAUCCAUUUCGGAUGAUUUGAUUGCUGGUCUCUUGCACGAGAUCUUCGUCCUUUAUGAUGGAGGUCACAUCCAUCCAGUUCAUCCGAUCAAAACAUUCCCCUUCGACAAUAUACCCGCUGCUUUUGCGUACAUGCGAAGUGGUCGGCACAUCGGCAAAAUCGUCAUUUCCAGCAGCGAGACCGACAAGAUCGAGGUUCCCGUGCGACCUGUGGCCCCGUCACUUCAGCUCAAUCCCUCCGUUUCCUACCUUAUCGUUGGAGGACUGCGAGGCCUUUGCGGCAGUCUGGCAAUUCAUAUGGCUGCUCACGGAGCGAAGCACAUCAUCGCGUUGUCCCGCAGUGGCAUUGCCGACGACCGUUCUCAGUCUAUUGUCAAGAGCUGUGCCGCCCUUGGAUGUGCUGUUUAUGGCGCCGCGGCUGAUGUUGCAAAUGCCGAAGCUGUGCUCAAAGUAUUCCAAACGGCCUCUGUGCCUAUAGGUGGAAUUAUUCAGGGUGCCAUGCUGCUCCGGGAUAAACCGUACGAGAUCAUGACAGUCAAAGAAUACCAUGAGACAAUUUCCAGCAAGGUCCAGGGAACCUGGAAUCUGCACAAUGCAGCCCUGCAAUUGCAGCUUCCUCUUGAGUUCUUCACCUUGCUUUCAAGUAUCUCAGGAGUGGUCGGCCAGAAAGGUCAAGCCAACUACGCUGCGGCCAAUGCAUUCCUCGACGCAUUUGCCUUGUACCGACGGGCCCAGGGCUUGUCGGCAAAUUCAACAAACCUCGGUGUCAUCGAAGACGUUGGUUAUGUGGCAGAGCAAGGUGGUAUGCAACAGCACUUUGACAAGACGCUUUGGACGGGCAUCAAUGAACGCACUCUUCAUGAGAUUCUUGAACUCUCUAUAUGGCAACAGCAGACGCCUGCUCUGAAUCCCGCCAGUGCAGCACAGCUUGUGACUGGAAUUGCAGUUCCCUUGCCACAGGAUGCUGACCUCACACGCGAUGCCCGAUUCUCUCCCCUCCUCAUUCAAGAUGACGGGGAGGCCCGCGAAAGUGGUGCCGGCAACGACGCUAACAAGGCCCUCCAGGCUUUCUUCCUCUUGCUGAAGUCCGGUGCCGAUGCGGCAGCUCUCCGUUCCACGUGUGUGGAGGUGGUCAAUGAGCGCUUUACUAAGAUGCUGCGUCUUAGUGAGCCGAUGGAGCCGGGUAAGUCGCUCAGUGCCUACGGACUAGACUCCCUAUCUGCGGUGGAGUUCAGAAACUGGCUUCGCAGUGAACUGGGCGCUGAACUCUCAACACUGGAGGUGACUAGUGCUAGUUCCCUGUUUGCUCUUUGCGAUAAGAUUAUCGCCAAACUCACCAAGUCUUGA